AGUCAACAAGGGGACAGCCGAAGCUUGCUUUCGGUAAUAAGGUUACAAGGCACGCUUCUCAUUGGUCAGAAAUGCUAUACAUGAUACCGAAAGAUCUUAGUCUUGGAGCUCCUUACAGUUAUCUUUGGCUUAAAAUAUUGGUCCAUUGUACGAGGCAGGGUUCCUGAAAGGGGGUGGUGAGGUGUCAGCAAUAGAUAUGCAAUUCUUCUCUCAAAAUUUCUAAAUCUAGUCCUGCAUUUCACUUUUGUAUUCUUCGUGUUUUUGAUUUUCGGCUGAUUGUUUUAGACUAUGGCUACAUCAUUUCUGCAGAGCCUCUCCACGGUAUUCGGAUUCCUGUCUAUAUUUGCCGUGUUCUAUUUUGUUGCUUUAGGAAUUUGGCGAUUAUACUUCAGUCCCAUAUCUCAUUUCCCGGGACCAAAACUCGCUGCUUUGACAUACUGGUACGAGUUUUACUACGAUCUCAUCCAACGAGGACAGUUUGUCUACAAGAUUAAGGAGCUUCAUGAUCAAUAUGGACCGAUCAUACGAAUCAAUCCACACGAAUUACAUGUCUCGGAUCCGGAUUUCUACCACACUAUCUAUGCAGGCGGUUCGCAAAAACGGGAACGAGAUCCUUACCAUACUGCAUUCAUGACCCUCCCUGGUAGUGUUCUGACAAGCCCCGCACACGACCUCCAUCGAAAACGAAGAGCGGCUUUGAACCCAUUCUUCUCCCAGCAGAGCGCUCGAAGAUUAUUACCUCUCCUCCAAGAGAGAAUUGAUGUUCUUGUUGCGAAACUUGAGGAAUUGAAGGAUACUGGCAAGGUUGUCAAUCUGCUACAUGCAUUUUCCGCAUUUUCCAAUGACGUAAUCUCGCAAUACCUAUUCGGCACCAGCGAACAUCGCCUUGAAGCAGACGAUUUCGACCCCUCCUAUCAUCACAAGAUCCUUGGCUCAGCUGGUGCACUUGUUGUCAUCAAACACUUCCCAUUCAUUCCGUUCAUCGUAAACAACCUGCCCGAAAUCGUCACCGAUCAUGUUGGAGCUCUAGCUGAUCAGAAGAAGAUGAAGAAGAUUCUCUCAGGUUUAAUUGAAAAUGUUCGUGGCUACGGAUCAAAACCUGACCCAACCACCUCCGCAACAAUUUUCCACACCCUGCUAGAAAGCGAUCUCCCACCAAGUGAGAAAACCACAACCCGCCUCACCGAAGAAGGAAUCACCCUCGUUGGCGCAGGAAGCCACACCGUGGCUUGGACACUUACCGUUGGCUCAUUCCACAUCCUCUCCAACCCACAAAUCUUGUCCACCCUGAGAGCGGAACUCUCAACAGUCAAGCGCGAAGGCGAAACCCUAAACUCGAUCCUGACUCAAUUAGAGAAACUCCCUUUCCUCACAGGCGUGGUCAAAGAAUCCCUCCGCCUGUCCUACGGCGUCUCCCUCCGCCUCCCACGUAUCGACCCCGAAAAACCAAUGCACUUUCAUGAUUGGGUUAUCCCAGCCGGUACAGCCGUCUCCAUGUCCACCGUACUCAUUCAUCAAGAUGAAAACAUCUUCCCUGACUCGAAAGAGUUCAAGCCGGAGAGAUGGCUAGGUGCUGAUAAAGGGCUGGAUAGGUAUAUGACAGCUUUUUCAGGGGGCAGUAGAGCGUGUUUAGGGAUUACGCUGGCGUGGGCGGAGUUGUAUUUGGGGUUUGCGGGAGUGUUUGGGAGGAUUGGUGGGGUGGGGGACAAAGGGGACAGGGGCGUAAUGAGAUUAGUGGGGACUGAUAAAGGGGAUGUGGAGAUGGUUGGAGAUGGUUUCUUCCCGCUUGUGAAGGAAGGGAGUCAAGGUGUUAGAGUGUUGAUUACGAGUUGAGUAUGGGACUAGACACUGCAGUGUUUAGAGUCUCUUCUUUGGUAUAAUAAAUCUGGGAGAGUGAUGGUUGGACCUAGAGAGCAAACAUAAUGAGAAUUUAAGCGAGCCCCUGAAAAUGAGCUUUGGCGUUCAGUUUCGAUUGUCAAGUCGAGCCGAGCAUCUUCAACAGAGUGACCCCAGAUGGGGAUCAUUUGGCAAAUCUCCUUGUUUAUUGUUUAUCGUUCGUCUAUCAUGGCUCGCCGAUUCUAAGAGCCUUUGAUUUAAUUAGACACAGCCACGUAUCAAAAUUCUGGCCAUGGCCACUCCCAUAUUUGAGAAGCGAGGGAGAAACGCCAAAGACAUCGCGUUCGUUGUGUUGGAUAUCUUCAACCACCUCCACCCAGCUGGAGCUCAGAUGCUCAAUUGUGACUGGGGGCGUCAAACUGAGCCGACAUCGUUGCUGGGCAAACAUGGCAGCAGCAUCCCAGCCCUUGUCGAUCAACUUCUCUAGGUGGUCUCCUUUCGCCAACGCCGAAUGAAGUUGAGGGUCUCGAGAAGCAAAUCUUGACAGGAAAGAUGCAGUCAUCUCCUUCACGAUCUCAUCCUUCCUUGAAUGUGUGAUCUCGCUAAGCAUCUCUAUUGUGGUGAUGC